UCUCCAGUGCGUCCGAUUAAUUCAAUGUGCUGAGAGAGACUCGUUACCGGAGAAGGCUUAUUAACGAGCAGCGGUGACAGUGAGCGCAUACGGACAGCACCAGCGCGUAUUUUGGCGUUACAUUUUUACGUUCACGGACGCACGGAAAUAAUGAAGAUAUCGUGAAAAUGACCUGCGAGCUUUUGGAUUAAAACUCACCAUUCAAAACCAGCAAAAACGGGGGCUUUUGUGGAUCACAACACUAUCUUUUCAGUUUUGAACGUAGAAAGCAGGCAUGUCGUCCGAAAAACACGGUCUGGAUGAUGCGGGUCGUCAGUCUAUGCAGCCGCCCCCGUACCUGCCCGGGCCAGACCCCAAUAUGGCCGCAGCUGCAGGUGGGGUGCCUCCUGGGGUGCAGUCUGGGUACCCGGCUCCUCCCGCCCCUCCCCCCGGGACUGAGGGCUACCUGCAGGAGACCCAGUUCCACUGCGCUCCUCCACCUCCACAGGGUUACACAGUCCAGACGCAGGGGCCAGGGGGGACCAUGCCACACCCGCCCGUGGGGUACAUUCACCCGGGAUACCCCCUCCAGCUGCAGCCUUGCACCGCCUACGUCCCGGUCUAUCCAAUGGCAUCGGGGCAGCCGUACAUGCCUGGCACAGCGGGACACCCUGGUAUUCCCCCGGCUCAGAUCCACCCCAUGCAGAUGCCCCCCAGUAUCACUCUAAUGGACCGCAGACCCCCUCACGACUACCUACCCAUUGCCGUCCUCACCACUGUCUGCUGCUUCUGGCCCACGGGGAUCAUCGCAAUCAUCAAAGCUGUGCAGGUGAGGACAGCCAUCGCUCGGGGGGACAUGGUCACCGCGGAGAUUGCGUCACGUGAAGCCCGUAACUUCUCCUUCAUCAGUUUGGCGGUGGGCAUCGCCUCCAUUGUCCUGUGCACCAUUCUCACCGUGGUCGUCAUCAUCGCGUCCCAGCACCAUGACGACGACUGGGAACCAUAGCAACAACAACAGCUAACCACACACAGCAACUAGAGGAAGAAAUGAAACACCAUACUUCUUUAGAUAGAAAUUUAAUACAUGGAGAAGUGAUCAGAGCAAUGGCGAUGCCCCGCUAAGAGUCUUAUAUAUGCAGUCUUUCAAAUACAGAUAUUAACCCGAAACAAUAAGGCAUGGGAUGGUAGUAAUUUUUGUAAUUGCUGAUUAAAGAUGCACAGUGUAACUUUUCUGGUGAGGGUUUAGCCACCUGCUUGUCGUGCGUUGCCUGAGAUGUUCUACAGUAUGACAUUUAAGUUUUUAUUGCUCAAAAAUACCUUGAAAAACAUGCUUCUCACCUCACUGCAACUCAGUUUUCUGGCGUCACCUGCUUAUUUCCACGGAGAUAGUUUAAUAAUGUCAUACUAUAGAACAUUACAGACAAAGCAAAUACUGUAUAUCCACAGUGCGAAGCAUGUAGCAGAAAAGUUGUCCAUCCACCAUAAAAGUUUCACAGUGCAUCUUGAAUUUCAACAGUUUCUUUGGCAUUAAUGAAUAUUUUGAUCAUACACAUUAGCUUUAACUGCUGGAGUGGAAAUUAAAUUGUUAUUUUUAAUUUAAUGACCAUAAAUUCCCAAUCAUGAACCAAAACUUGUACUGUAUCAACCAGCUGCCUCUCAUAUACAAAGUGAUACAUAGGCAUGAGAAGGUACAAUUACAUAGAUAUGAGUCAGUAUGGCAGUUUUAGAAAUGUUCUUAUUUUAGAAAAUGCUAGCUAACUUUUAUUUAUUAAAAAGAAUCUAUAAAAGUUUAGGUUUAGUUUGAUAUAUUUGGCACAUGUUGAGAAAUCUCCAAAACUACCAUUCAUCUUUUAUUUAUAGACAUACUCAUGAACAAACUCCCACUGACAAUACAAUGAAUCUGUACGGAUAAUUAGACUAAAUAUUUAUCCUAACAUUAACAUGACAAUAUUAAGGCUUAUUUAUCUAAUUUUACCCUACUGUUUCUGUGUAAUACGCAGUUUGAAACAACUACACACAUACAAAAUAGAGAUUGCCUGAUAAGUUUUUUGUUUAGAAUCCAGAGCAGCUGCUGGCCGAUCAGCUCUUCCAAUAUUUGGACCCUUUUUACUGCCCUUUUUACAGCCCUUUUGACCGAUAUGGCCGAUAUACUCAAAAGUGCAUUCAUCGAUUGGCUGAUGUAUCUAUCUCUAAUACAAAAUGAAUCAAAAGUGUGUAAACAAGGCUGCAGAUUACACCGACACAGACAAACCACUGACUGCAGCGGAGGAACAAAGCUUCUCUCAUUAACUAUUUAUUCUUUUGUUUUAUUCAUUGGGGCCUUUGUUGUUUGUGGGACUAAGUCCUGUGGUUCAACUUAGGGAUACAGACUUGUAGAUUUAAGAUUUUGUAAUUUAAUUUGUUUAAAAAAAAAUAUGUGCCAUUUUUAUUGAUCAGGAACAAAUCUCUUUAAUACUGCCAAAUUAUCAUGGCCACACAGUUGGAUAAGAGAAUGUUAAAUAUGCACUCUGUUGCUUUUCUGAUGGAGGGUCCUGCACCCGCUUGUCUCCAUGAAGAUAGAGUUGCUUUGCCUGAAAUUUUCCUCAGUGUGGGACUCUAUUUUGCAUUUAUUCAAUUACAAGAGUUUUAUUGCUGAAAAAUACUUAUGGUGAUAUGAUGGUGUUUCCUACUUUUCUUCAUGGAGAUAGAGAGGAGAUGAUCAAGUGGUGGACCCUCAACCACAAAAGUUACAUAGUGUGCCUUUAAAAUGACUUGCGUUCAGAAUAUUAAUCUAGUUUGGAUUAGUGUAGUUUCAUUUACAAAUACUAUACUUCCUGUGAUAUCCCUAACUAGUUUUAUUAUUGAUUUAUUUAAAAGUUAAUCUGCCAAAGUAAUAAUAGGUCUUUGAUUUCAACUACAAUGUUUUGAAGUCAGAAAUACAAGUCCAUUGAUCUGUUGGUACAUUUUUAUUUUAUUUUAUUUAGCAGUUUUCAGAGAUCAGUCCUUAUAACUUAUAACGUUAUAGCUGAUCAAACCUGUAUUAUACCGAAGGGACGAUACACACCAAAUGUACAGACAAAACCAAACAUGUAUUUAUUUAAAGGUUGUUAAACAUG